AUGGACGAAAAAACCACAGCAGAUGGUUCUGAGUAGGUAGUGAUCUUUGAAGAAAAAAUCACUAAAGUUAAUGGGGAAGUGGCAAUAAAAAGAUACUAAAGAGGGAAGUUCUUAGGAAAGGGUGGUUUUGCCAAGUGUUACGAAGCAACAAAUUUGGAGACAAAGAAAGUUUUGGCUGCCAAGAUAAUAGCUAAAAGCAGUUUAACUAAGAACAGAGCUCGUUAAAAGCUUAUUUCAGAAAUAAAAAUACACAAGAGUUUGCAAAAUACAAACAUUGUGCAAUUCGAGCAUGUCUUUGAGGAUCACGAAAAUGUAUACAUUUUAUUAGAGUUAUGUUCCAAUCAAACUCUAAAUGAAUUAAUAAAACGACGCAAAAGACUAACAGAAAUAGAAGUGCAAUGCUAUGUUGCAUAGAUAAUCAACGCACUCAAAUACCUACACGCCAGUAAUGUGAUUCAUAGAGAUCUCAAAUUAGGAAAUCUGUUCCUCAAUAAGUCGAUGGAACUGAAAUUGGGAGAUUUUGGUUUGGCAACAAAGUUGGAAUUCGACGGAGAGAAGAAAAGAACUAUUUGUGGAACACCCAAUUACAUAGCCCCAGAAGUUUUGGAUGGAAAAGUUGGUCACUCCUUUGAAGUGGACGUCUGGUCAUUGGGAGUUAUAAUCUACGCCAUGUUAAUUGGAAAACCUCCCUUUGAAACCCCAGACGUCAAAACUACAUAUAGGAAAAUCAGAUUGAAUUCAUAUACUUUUCCAGAACAUGUCCUCAUAUCUGAUGCAGCCAAGAAUCUCAUCACAAGAAUUCUGAACUUGGAUCCAGUUAAAAGACCCACUUUGGAUGAGAUAAUGGCUCACCCAUUCAUGAACACAGGUGGAUCUAUACCAAAGACACUCCCCCUAUCUACUCUUGCUUGUCCUCCUUCAGCCUCUUAUAAUAAACAAUUCCAACCAUCCACCAAUUCAAGUAGUCUGAAAAUGUCAGUAAAUGCUAUGCCUCAAAGAUUGACUGAGACUACUCCAAACAAUUAGAAAAAUCAGCAAAGACCAGGCAAUGGCUCAUCUGAUCGUUUCCCAUUGUAGAAACCUAGCUCAAGUGGGAAUAUCUUAGAAGACAACUUCGGAUCCAGUGGAUUGAACAAUGCACAAAAUGUUGGUUAUGGUGGCUCACAAAGACCUCAAUCCCAAAAACCCAAUGACAUCAGAAGUAGUCAAAGUUAAAAGGCACUCAACACUCCUUUUGGUGCCACUGGAAUGCAAGCCACUCAUUCAGUCAAUAAUCUUGGCUAAAAAUCACCUCAACAAAAAUAAGAAAUCUAUGUGAAAAAGUGGGUUGACUAUUCCAGCAAAUAUGGAUUGGGAUAUCUAUUAAGCAAUGGGGCCACAGGAGUCUUCUUCAAUGAUUCUACCAAAAUCAUAUUGGAUACCAGAUCACUGCAAUUUGAGUACAUGGAAAGAAGAGGAACUGACAAAUAGGAUAUUUGCGAAUCCCAUAAUUUAAAUGACUAUCCUAGAGAUCUCUAAAAGAAAGUUACCUUACUACAACAUUUUAGAAGCUAUCUUGAAGGAGAAUAAAAUAAACAGGAUAUGGCAUUUGAAGAAUAUGAUAGUAAACAAUUAGUCUAUGUUAAAAAGUGGAUGAAAACAAGACAUGCUAUCAUGUUUAGAUUGUCCAACAAAAUUGUCUAAGUUAAUUUCACUGACAAAACGGAGAUUAUCUUGUCAUCAGAACAUAAGAUGGUUACAUACGUAAACAAAACCGGAGAAAGAAGUUAUUAUCCUUUAGCUACUGCUCUUGAUAGUUAAAAUACUGAAAUGGCAAAAAGACUAAAGUAUACUAAAGAAAUCUUGACUCACAUGCUCAAUGGUGGUCAUACUGGAGAUCAAAAACCUAACUAAAUGACUGGAACCAAUUGGUAAAAUUCUGGACCUUGAAAAGAUUAUUUAACAUCAAAAAAAUAAGUGCAUUUAAAAAAAAUUUACUUUUA